AAGCCCUAAACAAGUUUCUUCCACUUACCAAUUUACCAUCCCUUUUUCUCUUUCUCUCUCUUCUUUUCUUCCCCCCCCACCCUUCUUAGUUUCUCAGUGUGUGGUGCGUAAGAGCUAGGACUGGCUAGGUAGCCUUGCCAGUUGCUGCUCCCCCUUUUCUCGGGAAAACUAUUUCUGCCAAUCCAUCUCUUUGGUUCAACGUUUUUCAUAAAACAAAGCUUUAAAAGCCACCAAUACCUGACUUUCAAGGUUUCUAGGAUUGAUCAAACAGAGGGUAAUUCAAAGAAAGUGAAAGAGAAGCCUCCUCCUCCUCUUCUUCUUCCUCCUCCUGUUCUUCUUUUGCUAUAUUGCAUCAUCAUCAUCAUCAUCAAGCUUUUCUGUCUACCUACCUAGCAACCUAUUUCUCUGGGCAGGUGAAAUCCAACACUUUUAGGGUGUUUCGAUCUUCCGUUACUGGCAUCUGCUACUCGUUUCACCCACAUCUCUGAUUUUUGGAGAUAUCCUUACUGUUUCUUUUCAAGUGCAGUACAUAUCUCCCUUGUGCUUAUGCUUAAUUUUGUCACUCAUCCUUUUAUCUCCAUCUCUCUGAGUGUGGUCUUUUUUAGUCGUUGAGUUGUUGUAUCUCUGAAACAGUUCAAAUCAAUAAGGAGAAACCCCCCUCCUCCACGCCUGCGCCCGCCCAAAGAUCAAACAUUUAUCCAUGGAUUCAGUUCCGGAAAUGGACACUUCCAACGCGGACAGCACAAGCAUCAACAUCAACAUCAACACCAUGGCGGUCAGCACCACCACCAACAACCUCAACAACAGCAUAGCAGCUGCGGCAGCAGCAGCUUCCUCAUCUUCAUCACCAUCCUCCUCCACUCCCAGCCGAUACGAGAACCAGAAGCGCCGGGACUGGAACACCUUUGGGCAGUACCUGAGAAAUCACAGGCCCCCAUUGUCCCUCUCUCGCUGCAGUGGCGCCCACGUCUUGGAAUUUCUUCGCUACCUGGACCAAUUCGGGAAGACCAAAGUCCACACCCAAAUGUGCCCCUUCUUCGGCCACCCAAACCCACCUGCUCCUUGUCCAUGCCCUCUCCGCCAAGCCUGGGGCAGCCUCGACGCCCUCAUCGGCCGCCUUCGAGCCGCCUUCGAAGAGCACGGCGGCAAGCCUGAGGCCAACCCCUUUGGAGCUCGUGCUGUGAGACUGUACUUACGUGAGGUCAGAGACUCUCAGGCCAAAGCAAGGGGAAUCAGCUAUGAGAAGAAGAAGCGCAAGCGCCCUCCUCAGCAGCCUCCAGCAUUGCCACCUCCAACCACGAGUUAGCCAUGUGUGACCAUCAAGCAGUCUGGUUCUGUUCAGACUUCUGCCAUGGAUGAUCCAAACUAUUUGCAUGAGAGGUUUGUUGGAAGAACAAUCUCAUAAAAUCUACAUAAUCUUCCAACCACUCUUAUUUGCAUUAGCUAUAUGGGUAUUUGCCACUCCCUAUGAUCAAUUGUGUAAGUCUUUCUUUAUUGCCUUUUUUCCCCCCUUUUUUUUUUUCCCCUUUUCUUUUCUUUUACAGAAACUGGCUCAGAUUGGUGGGUGCUGGACUGUUGGGUGCCCUUCAAUUAUUUUCUAUAAUGCAAACAGUAGUGGUAGUAGCAGAAGUAAUGGUAGAAGUAGUAGUAGUAGUGUAUGUACUUGUUGUAGUUAAGACUUAAGAUAUCUAUGUGACUUUAACAUCCAAUUUGUCAUAGAUAUGUACUAGAAAAGCCUACAUAUGACAAGUAAUAGAUUUGGAGAUCAUGUUCCAUGUCUUUUUUU